AAAUACGGACUGUAUCGGAGAAAGUGUCCUCCGUUGCCCGUAGUUGUGGUGCCCGCCAGUGCUCUCCGUUCGGUCUAUACUAAAACUAUGCUCUUGCUCGUCUCAUUUUGAUUUUGCAAUGUGUUGUGAUACACCCCGAUGUCUGUGACUUAGUUAAUGCACCAUACCCUACCACUCGUUCAGCUCAAGACGGGACUAAUCAAAAUAAUAAACAAUCUAUUUAUUGAUUUAAUCUUCUGUUUGUCUUAUUUCUUCGCUCGUCAUAAUCACUCAAAAUAAAUAUACCACCGCAUCCACACCGACUACUCAGUUUAUUUUACGACAUCAUGACUUCGACAUAGCAGAUUCGGAUCUCCUGGUCGGUACAAGGGUGUCGAAAUGUCAACGGCAAACGAGGGCAGAGAUAAAACGGGAGAGCUAGCAGACCAAACAGUCAGACACACGAAACAGACGAUGUGGGCGGACGAACAGCACAAAGAUAACAGCAAAAUGAAAAGCAACAACAAUUGCCCGUCGAACGGCCACGGCGGCACUAGAUUAGCAAUAGACGAAACAAUCCCCGAAGAAACGACGGCGUUGACGCACGAAGCUGGGGAAGCUCACAACAUACCAAAUCAUCGUUUGAAUGGUGAUGGUGAUAACGAUAGUGUUGGUGGCGAUAGUGAUACGGUAUGCGGACUGGGUCCGUGCAGGCCAUCCUGGUUGCAAUGUUUUGCGUCCAAAGAGUCAUUUCUAAUAGUUUUUUGUAUAGCAUGGGUGCUGCAGGGGAUGUACCACACGUAUUUCGUGAGCGUGAUCACAACGAUAGAGAAACUAUUUCAAAUUCAGUCGAAGAUCACUGGGAUCAUUAUGAGUGCGACCGAGAUUGGACAAAUAGGGUCGUCACUCCUGCUGACAUACUAUGGCGGGCAUAGUCACAGACCAAAAUGGAUAGCUUGGGGUAUGGUCUUAUUUGCGGUGUCCUCUUUCACAUGCUCGUUGCCACACUUCAUCUAUGGACGGCAGCUGAUCAGCGCCAACGGCUUGUCCGGCAUCAUCAAGGAGCCAAACAUAUGCAAAUCAGUCACAACUCUACCUCAUUGGGAUAACAAUACCUCAUCAACUACUGCCAGCUACUCAAGACUUAUGACGGAGAUAGCCGAUAGCGGAAACCCAAUUACUGCCCUUUCUAGUACUACCUCUAUACCAAAUAUUUUACAGACUUGCGAAGAAGAAUUUAUUUCUGGAUAUAAAAUUCAGCCGUCAGUAACCAAGAUAGUUUUAGCGAUAUUUUUCAUAAGCUUGUUAGGUGUGGGUAUGGGACAGACUGCUGUCUAUACUUUAGGAAUACCCUACAUCGACGACAACGUUGCCAGCAAAGAAUCGCCGCUUUAUUUUGCCAUAACCAUCGGAGUCAGGAUCUUGGGACCGGCACUCGGAUUCAUCGUCGGAUCGUACUGUACCAGAGCCUACGCUGAUUUUUCGGCCAAACCGGAAAUCAACUACAACGAUUCCACAUGGGUCGGAGCAUGGUGGCUAGGACUCGUUCUGAUUGGUGGGUUAUUGUUGGUGGCUUCUUUUGCCAUGUUCGCGUUCCCGAAACGGCUGAACACUGCCAAACCCACGCCUAAAAUACAUCAGGCUAAUAGGAAACAUCCUAGUAUAAGAGAUUUUCCAAAAACCGUGAAACGCCUAUUAAGAAAUGACAUAUUGAUGUUUCGGACAGCAAGUAGCGUAUUGCACAUACUGCCAAUAGCUGGCCUCUACACCUUUCUCCCUAAAUAUUUAGAAUCACAGUUUCGUCUACCGACGCCUUCGGCAAAUAUGAUUUCAGGUGUUGGCGGAAUCCUCGUCAUGGGCCUAGGAAUUAUUAUAAGCGGCGUAUUCAUAUUGAGAGUAAAACCGAAUGCACGGUUUGUUGCUGCUUGGAUAGCGUUCACAGCUGUUGUUUACGCAAUAGGAAUGGGCGUACUGAUGUUCAUCGGAUGCCCAAUGGAUGAUAUGGCCGGACUUCGAUCUUACGAAUGGUUCGCCGAAAUUCACUCGACUUGCAACUACACAUCCUGCGAAUGCGACAAGGACAAAUUCUCGCCUAUUUGCGGUCAAGAUGGAAAAACGUACUUGUCACCUUGCCACGCCGGAUGCAGAAACUACACCACAAAAGAGAAAAUCAUACAGUAUUCGAACUGUCAAUGUCUACAGGGCGGUCCGGAGAACAAUCUGACGUUGACUCUGGACGAAAACGGAUAUUUCUCCGGCAACGCCACCAUAGGUUACUGCGAGUUGGAGUGUCCCAACUUCAUUCUGUACAUCGUACUGUUCUCGAUAUUUGUAUUUAUACACUCUACCUCUGAAGUGGGUUCCAUGUUGCUGAUCCUGCGCUGCGUCGAUCCCAGGGACAAAGCCAUGGCUCUGGGGUUGAUACAGUUUGCGAUCGGAUUGUUUGGGAACGUACCUUGCCCUAUUAUUUACGGAGCCGUUGUCGACUCGGCGUGUCUUGUGUGGAAGAUGGCGUGUGGGGAGAAGGGGGCCUGUGGCCUUUACGAUUCCAAAGUGUUUAGAAUGUUUUAUCACGGGACGACUGGUGCAAUAUUGUUGUGUGCUUUCUUUGUUGAUGUGAUAGUAUGGUAUAAAGCUGGUAGUAUAAAUUUCGUUGAUGAGCAAUCGCCAUUGGACGAAGAGAUGAGCGUUAUGACGGCGAAACUUAAGCCAGAGCCGGAAUAGCAUAGGGAGAGGGUGGCUGAAGCUGAACCGCCACCAAGAUAUUAGAAAGCGUUUUUUUAUAGUUUUUUGUGUAAAUAAGAUGGAUUUAUACAUAUUAAGUGUAUUAUGUUUUAUAAAUUGAUUUUUACAUGUUUUUACCAUUUGUAAAUAUACUAAGAAUGCAUCUUUAGUACAUUAUCCAUAAACUCGAACUUGUCAUAGCAAAAUAUUAAUCUAUUCAAAUUUGAUUUGAAUAAAUCUUCUUUAGGCCCCCCCAAGAUCUGAUUGAUGCGUUCAAAUACUGUGAUACUUUAUGAUAUUCUAUACAUUUUAAACUUAUUUUUAAUACGCCUGUAUCCUCCAGAUCAAAUUUACUGCAUUUUGUAAUUACACUAACGGCCAUUUUCAAAAGACAUUUUCAUAGACUAGGCUAUCAUAAUCGACUUUUACAAUGGCGGUCAACACCUUAGGGACACCUACACAAAUUUACAUCACGUAGUCGUAAGCAACUUUUCAGUUCCUAUUUUAUUGACCUCUAUUGUAUGUGAUAAUAAUGACUGCAAGUACAAACGAUUUUUCAAUACAGAAUGGGCGAAAAUAAGUUUAAAAACACACUCAGAAAGAUUAUAUGUAACAAUACUGAUGGACUAAUAUAACUGAAUUUUUGGCGUAAUUUUUUAAAAAUAUAUUAUGUAUGUAUUUUGUCACAAUUGUAAUUAAUAAAAAUUUUAGUGUUGUAUCGUUAAAGUGGACUAGGUACAACGUAUUUUAUACAGUGAAUUAGAAAUAAAAUUACGAUUUUAUAUUUA